AUGCCGCCAAAGAAGAAGGUGCCUCAGAUCUCAGACAAGAAUAAAGCCAAGGCUAGACAAAAGAAUGCUGAAGAUAAAACGUUCGGGUUGAAAAACAAAAACAAGUCGAAAAAAGUUCAAGAACAGAUCAGACAAAUUCAUUCGCAAGUUAGUGAUAAGCAAAAGGAAGCUGAAGCUAAAAAGAAAGCUGCCGAAAAGAAAGCUGCAGAAGAAGCCAAAAAGGAAGCUGCUGCGUUAUUUGGAUUGGUACAGCAGAAAGUUCCAUUUGGUGUUGAUCCUAAAUCAGUUUUAUGUGAAUUGUUUAAGAAUGGACUUUGUAAUAAGGGAGUUAAAUGUAAGUUUUCUCAUGAUCCUAAUGUUGGCCGAAAGGUAGCCAAAAAGGACUUGUAUACUGAUGCUAGAGAAGAAAAGGAAGCAGAUACUAUGGAUAAUUGGGAUGAAGAAAAGUUACGGAAAGUUAUUUCGUCGAAACAUGGGAAUCCAAAGACUACCACAGAUAUUAUUUGUAAGUAUUUUAUUGAAGCUGUUGAAGAUGGGAAAUAUGGUUGGUUUUGGGUAUGUCCAAACGGAGGGAAUGAAUGUAAAUAUAGACAUUCAUUACCCAGUGGAUUUGUCUUAAAGACUAAAGAACAAAGACGAUUAGAAAAAUUGGCUGAUGAAUCUGCUCCCAAGAUUACUUUGGAAGAUUUCAUUGAAAUGGAGAGAAGUAAAUUAGACAAGAGUAAAUUCACUCCCAUUACACUUGAAACUUUUAAUGAAUGGAAGAAGAAACAAAACGCCAAAAAGGAAGAAAGAAAGAAGGAAGAGCAAAAAAAUAAUAAAAGGAAUCUUACCGGGAAGGAAGAAAUCUUGUUGAAAUUUGCUGAUAAAUAUUACGCUGAAGAAGAAGCUGAUAAUGGAGCUGAAUUUGAUUUAUCUGAAUUCAAAAAGGCAUUACCUGAAGAUGAUGAUGCGAAUAUCAAAGAUUAUGGUGAUGGUACCAAUGCUCAAGAAUAUUAUCAACAGGAAUAG